CGGACAAAAAAUACGGUACACUGUCGCUUCAUGAUUACGUGAAAGUACACCAACUCAACAAUGGCUUCAGAGGAUGAAAUCAGUCUUCUGGUCAUUGUGGUGGAUGUGAACCCGAUCUGGUGGGGUCAGCAAGCUCAGCGAGAACCUGAGUUCACCCUUUCGAAAUGUCUGGAUGCCGUGAUGGUCAUGGCAAACUCUCACCUGGUCAUGAACAGAACCAACAAGCUGGCCAUCCUAGCUAGCCACUGUCAAGAAAAUCACUUUCUGUACCCCAGCAAGCACUGGAACUCGGGGGACUCUGGCAGUGCUGGCAGUGGUGACGGCAAAUACGAGCUCCUGUCUGUCGCCAAUGACCUCAUCGCUGAGGAGAUCAGGAAUCUUAUGGCCAGAACGCAGGUGAAAGGACACCAGACAGACACACUACUGGCUGGAUGCCUCGCCAAAGCUCUCUGCUAUAUUCAUCGAAUGUCAAAGGAAUUAGAAGCUGGACAAGACAUGAAAUCGAGGAUAUUGGUGAUAAAAGCAGCUGAGGAUUGUGCUCUGCAGUACAUGAACUUCAUGAACGUGUUCUUUGCCGCACAAAAACAGAACGUCCUGAUUGAUGCCUGCGUGUUGGACUCGGACUCGGGACUUUUACAGCAGGCGUGUGACAUAACUGGUGGCCUGUACCUGAGGAUUCCCAAGAAGAUCGCUCUGGCACAAUAUUUAUUGUGGGUUUUUCUGCCUGAUGCAGAUCAGCGUUCGCAGCUGCUGCUUCCUCCGCCGGUGCACGUGGACUACAGAGCGGCCUGCUUCUGUCACCGCAGCCUCAUAGAGAUCGGCUACGUCUGCUCCGUCUGCCUCUCGAUAUUCUGCAACUUCAGCCCAAUCUGCACAACAUGCGAGACUGCCUUUAAGAUCCCACUGCCACAGAUCGUGAAACAGAAGAAGAAGAAACACAAAGCUGCAAGCUGAUGUGGUUUAUGUCGACCAUGUUGCCUCUGAUAUUAAAGCAAAAGUGCUGUUUUAUGUUUGAUGCCUUUUUCUGUGAACCUGAAACUAAUCCUGAGUAAAAAAAAAACAUGGACAUUGAUUCAAGGCACAACUAGACGAGCCAGCUUUAUAAUCUGUAAAUGCGUCUUUGCAAAUCCACCUAUCAACUGGUCAUGGUCAUGUGACUUUUUGGGAACCUCUGGCGGUCUCCAAAACAAGUGCUUGAAAUGUGUGUAGCUUUGGAUCUGCUCAUGGUCAUAGACAUACUGUACAUUAGAACAGUAGGUGGCAGUAUUAAUAUGUGUUCUUUUUCUUCGCCCAAUUUAGACAUUUCCCUUUCCCAAUUACAGUUCCUUUGCCGGUUGCACCACCCCCACACUGGCUGAGAACGAUGGCAGACUGGGCGUUGAGUUGGCUGACGUGAUGUCACUGGUUGCAUUUUUACACCAGCCACUGUGUCUAAUGUGUAGUCCACUAUUUUUGCCAGCACCUUAACCAGACCUCAAGAGUCGCUGCUGGACCAGCCUCAAUUGCUCCGUAAUGGUAGAGGGGAGCACCUAGCACCUAGAAGGUGAAUCUCUGGACAGACUUCUAGUUCAGCGUAAGAGGUGUAACUGCCCCCCCUACUGUUCUAAUAUAAUAUUUGUUAUAAUUUAUAACAAAUUAUAACAGUUAUAAUUUUGCGCUGCUAAAAGUCACAUGACCUUGCUAGUUGGCAAUUUGAUUAAAAUGUGCUUUACAUAUCUGCAAACUGAUUUAAUUUAACUCUGUUUUUUACACGCUGUUGAAAGUUGCUGUUGUUGUUUUGUCUUGCAUUUUUGUCUUGCAAUCGGUGGACAUAAGAAAAGUGGGCAUUGGACAUUUUGUAAACAGCAGAAAUUAGAACAAUUUUAAUGGUUAAUUAGAACUGUUUUGUACUGUACAUAGAAAAUAAAUAAAAAAAUUUUGAUGCUUCAUGUGUCAAUUUUCUUU